UAGAAAUUAAAACAUAGAAUUGGGAAGAAGUAGCAAAGACAACCCCUGAACGGACCAAAUCCACAUGCUGUGUUCAGCAACAACAUCCCCUGCAGCCACCAUGAUCAAAAGAAAGGCUGAAGGGGAUGCUAAAGGAGACAAAACCAAGGCUAAAGAUGAGCCACAAAGAAGAUCUGCAAGGUUGUCUGCUAAACCUGCUCCUCCAAAGCCAGAACCCAAACCUCAAAAGGCCCCUGCGAAGAAGGGAGAGAAGGUGCCCAAGGGGAAGAGGGGGAAAGCUGAUGCCUAUAUGGAUGCGAAUAAUCCUGCAGAAAAUGGAGAUGGCAAAACAGACCAGGCACAGAAAGCAUAAGGUGCUGGAGAUUCCAAGUGACCUGUCUGCAUUUUUGAUAACCGUGUACUUCUGGUGACUGUACAGUUUGAAAUACUAUUUUUUAUCAAGUUUUA